AUGUCAGGCCAAGGCGAGACCUUCUAUCUCCGCUACUAUGCCGCCGUCCGAUAUGCCAACAACUCCAAUUACCGCAAUGACUCCCUCAUCCGCAAAGAAAUGUGUGUCAGUGCGGCAAUGAUCCAGGAGGUCAAGCGCAUCAUCAAGGAGAGUGAGAUCAUGAAGGAGGACGACUCCAAAUGGCCUCAGAAGAACAAGGAUGGACGCCAGGAACUGGAAAUUAGGUUGGGUAAUGAACAUAUCUCCUUCGAGACCGCGAAAAUCGGCUCCUUGGUGGACGUGACCGAAUCUGCCGACCCUGAAGGUCUCCGUGUCUUCUACUAUCUGGUGCAAGACUUGAAGGCUCUCAUCUUCUCUCUUAUCUCGCUUCACUUCAAGGCUCUCCUUUCCUACCCUGCGGGCUUCCCGAAUCCCACGCCCUGGUUACGAACUGCAUGCUUGCUUUUCCUGCUUGUUGAACUCCCCCUCCUGCACCUGCUUCGGAUCCGAUGUCAUUCAUUUCUUAAUUCGCCUUCAAUGCCGACCCCGAGUGACAUUACAUCCAGUGUGAAUGCUUCGUCAGGCCUAGAGGAACUCUCCGCUCGUUCCACUUGCCCACCCGAGGUCGAGAGGCUGCCUUCCUGGAGAGAGUCUCGAGCACCCUCCACUCUUUCCGAUCGGGAUGAGUCCGAAAGCUCUUUGUCUCAGCUCAUCUCUGCGGCCCACACGGCGCAGAAUGCCCUGAUAGAUGCGACCACAGGCUCAACCGCCGAGUCUUCGUCCGGUGGUAGCCCGAUGAAAGAUGUGGCAAAACCCGAAGAUGAGCCUGCCGCGGGGAGGUUGAGUCCGGCUGCAGAGCCAUCAUGCUCGACCAGCCAACCUCCGUCGGUCACUUCAUCAUCGAACACCUCGCUGUUAAGCUACGAGUUUUCUAAUAUUCGGCAAUCCGAUCGGCAAGUCUACAAUGUCGAUGUCGAGAUAAAGCAUGUCGACAUGCAAGAUUCUUAUCUAUGUGGAUAUCUUCGCAUACAAGGUCUGACGGAAGAUCAUCCCACUCUCACGACGUUCUUUGAGGGCGAAAUUAUCGGCACGAAACAUACCUUCAAGACUAAGAACGAAGCAUGGGGCGCUACAGAGAAGACCGAUAUGCAGCAUUGGAACAGGUUUCCUGCGUGGCGUCCGCUAUCCAAGCAAGCAAGGAAACCCGAUUUCACGUAUCGCAAUUACGCCCAACGUGAACACAUCUUCAUGCGCUGGAAAGAAUACUUCUUGGUGCCCGACCAUCGCGUUAGAUCCAUAUCUGGUGCAAGCUUUGAGGGGUUCUACUACAUUUGCUUCAAUCAAGUAGAGGGAACUGUUGCUGGCAUAUACUUCCAUGCGAAGAGCGAGAAAUAUCAACAAUUGGAGCUCAAGCAUGUGGAAGACCAUGGCUGUACUCCAGCCAUGGAAUUCCGUUAA